AUGCCGGUCUACAUGCUAUACGGCUUCCGGUGGCCCCGGGCUGGUUUCACCGGAAUACGAGUCUACAUCGUCCUGCACAACCUAGAAGACGCGACGGCGGAAUACGUCCAACGACCGAUCACGAAUAAACUGCUGCUCGAUUCAUUCAAGAAGACGGAACCGGAUAUCGUGUCGAAUCUCCCCGAACUGCGCUUCAUCGAACAGUAUGACCCCGAGGACGAGAGCGACGAGGCUGUCAGCAAGCCUUAUGCGUACGCUGCUGCGAAAGUGAUCAGUAUACCCGAGGCCGGGUCUCCGAAUGCAGGGAGCGCCUGGAAUACGGAGAUCUUCCAGGAGAACCCACUGGAUCCAACGAGCGCCGAGGCGCUCACAAAAUUUCGCGACAAAUAUGCGGCUGGGGAGAGGAUUGGAUGGUGGAUUGUAUAUAAUGGGGAUCCGGAACGGUAUUUUCCUCCUGACGAGGAUGAGGAUGAAAUGAUGGUGGAUGAUGAUUACGAUGAUGAUGAUGACGAGUAUGACCGUGAUGGAUCGUCGAGUGGCGCGCCGUCAACGCCAACGGUAAGUUUGCACGUGUGGCUACUGAUUAUCUGGCAUGAGUUUGUGCUGAUCGAUGCGGCUUUGCGAAUUGUAUAG